AUGGCAUGGCGUCAAGCCAUCACCGCUUUAAAAUCGUCAGCACGGCUGUACAAGCAAUUCACCAAUGGAGAAACUGACGAAAUGUUCAAGCUGGUCAAAAAAUAUCCCAAUGACUGGAGCUACAUUGCCUCGCUCAGGGGCCGUUCUAGUAACUUGGUAGUAGCAGCAGCAACAAUAAUAAUAGUAGUAGCGAUAGCGAAGGCAGGUAUCGAUUGGAACAUGGUACGCGAAAAGCUGCCAUACCAGGGUCACCGUAUAUCCGAAAUUAAAGCGCCUUGGGGCGAAACAGCAAGCCCAUCCAAAUCAAGCGGUCGCUUUACACUAGUGUCUCAAUAUGGCACGGAGGAUUGGAAUUUGAUAGCUAAAAAUAUGGAAAGUUGAACACGGAAACAAUGUCGGAAUCGAUAGUUAUUUCUGCAACGAGGAGGAGGCCGUGGAGGUAGUGUGGUCUUUAUUCUUAAGUGUGCC